AUGCGCAUAGAAUACUGUCUUCUGCUAGAGACGCUCGUCUCACGGGUAGUCAGCGGACAUCUGAUCAUGAUGUCGCCUGAGCCGUACAGUUACAGCAGUAAAAUCCUCAACAACUCGCCUCUUGCUUCAAACGGCAGUGAUUUUCCCUGCAAAUUACGAGAUGAUGCAUUUGUGGCCCCUGCGAAAGAGACUGUUUACGAGGUCGGUGUUUCAAACAUAAUGAGGUUCAUGGGAAGUGCAACUCAUGGGGGCGGAUCAUGCCAGUUGAGCCUCACUGAAGACCUCGCGCCAUCCAAAGAAAGCAUAUGGAAGGUCAUCAAGUCUUAUGAAGGCGGCUGUCCUGCAAAUGUAGAAGGACUUCUAAGCGGAGACGCCAGUUCCGACAAUGACAUUCGACUCGAUUUCGCGAUUCCUGAAAACAUUGUCUCCGGAAAAUAUACCUUGGCCUGGACAUGGUUCAAUCGUAUUGGAGAUCGUGAGAUGUACAUGAACUGUGCACCAAUCACCGUCGACAACCCUUCAUUGACUUCAUAUAACCAGAGCAUACAGAACUAA